AUGUCGACAUUGGCCCGCGCCCUCCGCCCGGCUCGCCGCCUCCGAGUCGCUCCGCCCACCCAGGCCGUGCCCCUCGUUGUCCGGAGGUGCUUCGCCAGCAAGCCGCCCGCCCAGACCGAGUCCGCCGUCAACGGCGAGCUGGGCGUCGGCGAGUUCGAGGGCAUCAAGUUCCGCGUCGAGCCGCUGCGGCGCGUGGGCGAGGACGAGCGCACCAUGCGCGCCCGUCUCCUCUACCAGUCCCGUAAGCGCGGCACCCUCGAGUCUGACCUCCUCAUGUCGACCUUCGCCAACGAGCACCUCCCGCACAUGACAAAGGCCCAGAUGCAGCAGUACGACCUCUUCCUCGACGAGAACGACUGGGACAUCUACUACUGGGCCACGCAGGAGGAGGCCCCCUCCAACUCAGCCCCGACGCAGGCGCCUCCGGCCGACACCAAGGGCGCCGAGGACGUCCGCACGCAGCCACCGCGCGCCGGCGAGUGGGCCAACACCGUCGGCACAUUCAAGGCGCAGUACCGCCCCGUCCCCGCGCGGUGGCAGGGCAGCGAGGUCCUCGAGAUGCUGAGGGCCCACGUGCGCAGCCGCCGCGCGGACGGCACCGUCGGCGUGCACCGCGACGUCCAGGAGCGCAAGGAGGGCGGGCUCGGAUUCAUGCCGCCCCUGUUCGACGUCGACAAGGCGGGCAACAAGAACUGA